AUGCCUGAGUGUUGGGACGGGGAACAUGAUGUCGAGACUCCUUACGGGAUGCUGCAUGUGGUGAUCCGAGGCGCUCCCAAGGGGAACAGGCCUGCGAUCCUCACCUACCAUGAUGUGGGAUUGAACCACAAAAUGUGCUUCAAUCCCUUCUUCAAUAAUGAGGACAUGCAGGAGAUCACCAAGCACUUUGUGAUUUGUCAUGUCGACGCCCCAGGGCAACACGUUGGAGCUUCGCAGUUCCCACAAGGGUACCAGUAUCCCACCAUGGACCAGCUGGCUGGGAUGCUGCCCACUGUUGUGCAGCAUUUUGGAUUCAAGAGCAUUGUUGGGAUCGGAGUCGGAGCUGGAGCUUAUAUUCUGGCCAAAUUUGCUCUGUUGUUCCCUGACAUGGUGGAGGGUUUGGUUCUGCUCAACAUCGACCCGAACGGCAAAGGGUGGAUUGACUGGGCUGCGUCAAAGCUGUCAGGUCUGACCAGCACCAUCCCAGACACUGUGCUGCCACAUCUUUUCAGCCAGGACGAAAUGGUGAACAACACAGAACUGGUUCAGAGUUACCGACAACAGAUAACAAACUCCAUCAACCACCAAAACCUCCAACUUUUCUGGAACUUGUACAACAGUCGGAGGGACCUGGAGAUGAACCGUGGUGGAACAACGAUUAAUGCCAAGACCUUGAAAUGUCCAGUGAUGCUGGUUGUAGGAGACAACGCUCCUGCUGAAGAGGGAGUGGUUGAGUGCAACUCCAAGCUGGAUCCAACCAACACCACCUUCCUAAAGAUGGCUGAUUCUGGUGGACUGCCACAGCUCACACAGCCAGGGAAGCUGACUGAAGCCUUCAAGUAUUUCCUGCAGGGAAUGGGCUACAUUGCUAAUGUGAAGGAUCGGAGGUUAAGUGGAGGGCCAGUGCCCUCUGCCAGCAUGACCCGCCUGGCCCGCUCCAGGACAGCCUCCCUGACCAGCGCCGGCUCCAUGGAGGGGUCCCGCUCUCGCGCCUGCACCAACUCCGACAGCGGCGAGGGUGUCGGUGCGGUCUCCCAGACCAUGGAGGUGUCCUGCUGA